GGAGGGACUUAGACCCCCAUGUGGGUUCUGAAUUAGCUCCUGGCGUUGCUUUGCUCCUAGACAGGGAGGUCAGAGGUCAGAGGUCAUAAAGACAAUUUUGGAACGUGAAAUCUGUCUGGACGAUGAGCCUGGUAGCUUCUAAAGCCCCGCCCAUUAAUCUGAUUGGCUGCUUCAGUUUAAAGCGUCUGGAGCUAAAAAGUUGAAAUAAUCAUGCGCGCCCAUAUAUGGCGAGAAAACGGCCCAUGUAGUAGCAGAGAAGAGCGAGCGGCGUACCCGAGGAGAGCGAUGCGUCUCGGUGGGAUCAGAACAUUUUACAUGAUGAUAAAAAGAGUCUGAAUGUUUCAUCCAUCACUACUUAAAGAAACAUUUCAAAAGUGUUCCAGUCAACACGAUGACUUCAACAGAGAGCGUGGAGUCUCUCUUAUCCUCAGCUCGCCACGUUUCAGAUCAGCGUUCUCCCCGUGUCUUCAUUUGGUGGUUAUGACCUCGUUCAGGUCAUCAGAUGUGUCUCUGUGACUUAUUCUGAAAACUCUUUCAUUCUGCUUAAGAUGUCAGGAUGUCUCGGGGUCUUGUUCACGAGGGUCAGAUGGAUCAGAGGCUGACAGGCUGCAUGUGAGCGGCGUGACGAAGCUCUGGAUUUACAGGUCGGUCUUCAGUCCAGCACCCAGCCGAGGUCGAGACCGAAAGAAUAAGAUCUCAGAUACAAGAAGCUGAAAUAAGUUUCCUCUGGAGGAGGUCUGGACUCAGUCUUAGAGAGAGGGGGAGGAGCUUAGACAUGCAGAGGAGGAGCUUAUUCAUACAGGGGGAGGAGCUCGGAGUAGAGGCUACUCCUUCACAUCUAAAGAAACCAGCUGAGGUGGUUCCACAUCUGAUCAGGAUCCUGGACGCCCCCCUUUAGAGGAGCCCGGGGUAACAGAAAACAAUGGAUGGAUGUAAAUCAGCUGUUCAGUUCAGCAGGAGGAGACUGAGACACCGUGUCACUAAAGUCUGAUUAAAUGUACUUCAGUUAGUCCUCCAACAUUUAUUUUGAAGGUCAAAAACAACGCUGAACCGGAAGUGGAUAUUGGAUUCUAUAUUUUAACAAAAUGGCGACGCGGUGGGACAGGUUGUUAUCUGAGUCUCGUGUUUGUGUUGAGAUUGGAUCAUCAGCAUUAAUAAUGACCCUCCAGAGCCUCCGUAUGAGGAAAUAAACCUGUGAAUGGACUUUUUCUCUUUUUAUUGUCUCUUCUCUGAAGACUACAGAGCUGCUCCAGUUAGCUUAGCAUGCUAGCUGGAGAACAUGUUCAGAGACAGUUUGAGGGACCGGAAGUCAACAUGUCUAAAAGUCAAAGUGUGAGAGGUUGGAUUGAGCACAGACUGAGUGAAGCUGCUCGAGACAUUUUUAUUCUGUUUGAAAGAAUGACGUCAGAGCACGAGGAGCAGCUCAGUCGAUCCAGAGAGGAGAGCGCGAGACACCGGAAGCUGCUGGACGCUGUUCUGAGUCCUGAGGUCGUCUUACACCGAGCAG